CGUCGACGUCAACGGCGCGACGUUCUGUCUCAUACAGUGCCCGGAGUCGGCUGCUGUCACAACAAAGCCACGUGUGAUCGGCUGCGACGUAUGCGCGCGCGCGCGCUCGCGCGAACGAUUACGACGGAGUACGCACGCUCGCACGCACGCACGCACGCACGCACGCACGCACGCACACACGCGUGUAACUUACAUACGCGUUCACCUGCGUACGCGUAAUCACCUACGCACGCGUCCACCGGCCGAUCGACGCUCACUGCCGCGCCGGUCGCGCAUCGACGAGACCAAGCCGACGGCUGACCGCCGUUUCAUCGGCGUCGCCCGCGAGGGGCAUCGCAGAGCCAGCCCGGAACAGCCGGAAGUACUUUACUCGCCAAGAUAAGCGGCCGGUAACCUACGAUAAUCACGACCAGGAUCUCGCGUCAAGCCACAAACGACGACGACAAGCAGCUGAUCGUAUAAGACACACCGACGAUCGCCGACACUUGCCCGUGAGAGACGCGGCGGGGGAGCGUGAAAAAGACAUAUAGCCGCACAGCGUUGCGCUCGCCGAUCUCGCCCCUACCCCUCCUACCACACGACGACAGGAUGCCCGGCUUCCAAAGGAGGCAGAUGAUGCAGCCAUGGCCCCUAUGCCUGCCGCCUUUCGCGAAAACGAAGGAGCGCAGCGUUCUGUCCAAAUCCCACACGAGGAUAUCCCCGAUCAUUAUACCUUCUCCAUCCAAUUCUGGGUCCGCCCUAGAUUGUUCGUCGAAUACUACCCUCGUGACGAACACCAGUCCAUUCAACAGCCAGACCGCUCUUAUCACCGAGAAGAAACACUUUUCUGGCGACGCUGGCAAAAGAUCCAAUCACUAUUAUGCCGAAAAUUUAAGGAACAAUCAUCAAAAGGCCCUAAACAGGUCGCGGAUUUACGAUCCGCUCAACAAAGACCAAGACGUCGAUUACAAACAACUAGAUCCGUUGUUACCGAGCGAACAAAGUCCAAGCAUUAAAAUCUCCAUGGAUUCUCAGGACAUAAAAUUGCCGAAAGACGUGGAAUCCAUCCGACUGCCAUCCACAGAAUUUCAGAAAGAACCCAAACCAUCUUGGUUGCGAUUUGCCGCCCAGAUAUUGGCUGCGUUAUCGGUGUCGUUAGGCUCGAUGCAGAUCGGUUAUGCAUCCUCCUAUACAUCACCAGCGCUUGUGUCUAUGCGCGAUAAUGCCACAGCGGACUUCGAAGUCACCAAACAAAUGGGCAUGUGGAUUGGGUCACUUAUGCCGCUGAGUGCACUUGUCGGUGGCAUCGCUGGAGGGCCACUCAUCGAAUAUAUAGGAAGAAAAAAGACAAUACUUGCCACAGCGUUUCCAUUUAUCGGAGCGUGGAUCUUAAUCAUGUUUGCUCAGAAUAUUCCAAUGAUAUUGGCUGGGCGUUCGUUAUGCGGUUUCGCCGUAGGUAUUGCUUCUUUGGCGUUACCUGUGUACUUAGGCGAAACGAUACAGGCAGAAGUGCGCGGUACUCUUGGUCUAAUGCCGACUGUCUUUGGUAAUACUGGAAUAUUGCUAUGCUUCGUAGCGGGCAUGUAUCUGGAUUGGAGAAACCUAGCAAUGUUGGGUGUGUGUUUGCCACUACCGUUUAUGGCUUUGAUGUUCAUAAUUCCGGAGACACCUAGAUGGUACAUCUCCAAGGGAAAAACAAAGCUGUCUCGAAAAUCUCUUCAAUGGUUGCGUGGUAAAGACGCGGAUAUAACGGACGAAUUGACUAUGAUCGAGAAAUUACAUCAGGAAUACCUUGAACUUGAACGGACCGCUCCUCAAAACACGAUCACGGAGUUGAUGAAGAGUAAACAUCUCAGACCUCUCCUCAUUUCUCUGGGAUUGAUGUUAUUCCAACAAAUGUCCGGCAUUAAUGCCGUGAUAUUCUACACGGUGCAGAUUUUCCAGGACGCUGGUAGCACAAUCGACGAGAAUCUCUCGACCAUAAUCAUCGGCAUAGUGAAUUUCAUAUCCACUUUCGUCGCCGCGUCCGUGAUUGACAAACUGGGCAGGAAGAUGCUGCUGUACAUAAGUGCCAUCUUGAUGAUCCUGACCCUCUUUUCUCUUGGCGGAUUUUUCUACGUAAAAUCGCUACAGGUGGACGUGACAGCCGUCGGCUGGCUGCCCCUGGUCAGUUUGAUUAUAUACGUCAUAGGUUUCUCAUUAGGCUUCGGGCCUAUUCCCUGGCUGAUGAUGGGUGAGAUUCUACCUGCCAAGAUCCGUGGUUCUGCCGCGAGCAUCGCAACCAGCUUCAACUGGCUGUGUACCUUCAUUGUGACAAAAACCUUUGAAGAUGUUACAGGAGUAAUCGGCGCACAUGGCACCUUCUGGAUGUUCGGCGCCAUUGUCGUGUUAGGCUUAAUUUUCGUGAUCGUCAGCGUACCAGAAACUCGCGGCAGGUCACUCGAGGAGAUUGAGAAAAGGUUCACAGGCCCGACUAGAAGAAUGAGCGCAGUUGCCAAUAUGAAACCGACGCCAAUGUCGUGCUAG